AGCACUUGCAACAAAUUAUGACAACCUCAUUGACAGCCAAAAGAAACAGAUUUUCUUUUACAUUUUUUUAAGCCAAAACAAAUUUAAAAUAGAAAAUCCCAUGUCUAAAACCAAAAAAAGCCACAAGUCUAGUGAUUCCGAAUUGGACACUAGUGACGAAAGCUCAUCCAGCUCUACCGAAUCAUCCGCUGAAGAACAAGAGCAGCAGCAGAAACGUGAAAAGAAAAAACGUAAACAAAAAGACAAGAAAAAGAAGAAGCAUAAGAAAGUUAAAAGCGCAAAGAGAAAAUCCAAACACAAUUCCGGCUCGGAAGAUGAGGCUUCUGAAUCUUCGGCGGAGUCAUCCUCCUCAGAGGAGGAAAAAGCAGUGGCAAAGAAAAAAAUUAAAAAGGAGUCUGACAUGUCACCGGUGAAAGUAAAAAAAGAACGUUCCCGCAGUCGUGAGAGGGAAAAACAACACGGCGGCAACAAAUCCAAAUGGGAAAGUCCAACUAGACGGGGUAGAAGUCAUAGCCGGGAGAAAUACAGAAAUGACAGAAGUCGCAGCCGUGAGAGACCUAGAACUGAGGCUGGUCGCAGUGGCAAUAGGGACUGGUCACAUGAACAUAAACGCGAAAGAAAUGACGAACGCCCUCAGCAUUCAAAUAGGGAUCAGCGUACGGAAGUUAAACGAGAACGUGAUGACAGAAGGGAUUACAAGGGCAGAGAUAGAGAACAAGCUGGUUCCUAUGAUAGAAGAGAACGCAGUCCCCCCAGAAGGGAUAGAGACCGCUCAAGGGAACGUAAUCGUGAGAGAGAUUACGUUAAACGUGAACAGCGUUCUCCCAACAGAUCUAGAGGUUCUGGCAAUCGUUUUAAGCACCAACGCAAAGAAGAAGAUGGCAAUAGCUAUGAGUGGGGUAAACAGAACGAUGACAAAAAACCCGCUGAGAAUGAAGACGAUACUAAAGAAAAGGAAAAACCUAAUUUCGCUUUAAGUGGAGCUCUCACCGAAGACACCAACAAGGUCAAUGGUGUAGUUGUCAAGUAUUCUGAGCCACCCGAGGCUCGCAAGCCCAAACGUCGCUGGCGUUUAUAUCCCUUUAAAGGAGAAACAGCUUUGCCCGUUUUACAUAUCCAUCGUCAAAGUUGUUUUUUGGUAGGACGUGAUCGCAAAGUAGUCGAUCUGGCCGUUGAUCAUCCCAGCUGUUCCAAACAACAUGCCGCUCUGCAGUAUCGCCUAGUGCCCUUCGAACGUGAGGAUGGCUCGCAAGGUAAACGUGUGCGUUUGUAUUUAAUUGACCUGGAAUCCGCGAAUGGUACAUUUUUGAAUAACAAACGCAUUGAUGCGCGCAAAUAUCACGAACUAAUGGAAAAAGAUGUGGUGAAGUUUGGUUUUAGCACGCGAGAGUAUGUUUUAUUGCAUGAAAAUAGUAAGGAGGACCAAGAAGACGAUGAUAUUGAAGUUAAAGAAGAACCUGUGGAUAAUUGAAUGUAGAAAUACGUUUAUAUAUUAUUGAAAUACAAGUUAAAAUUAUUAAAA